AUGCAGCUCCCUCCACGCCCCCGUCUCAAACCACCCCGGAUCCAAAUAAAACGCCACAAUCUGACACUUAACAACAAGCACGACCUCCACCCAGCUCGGCGCAAACUCCGCCACCUUCCUCGACAUCGGCUCAAGCGAAUAAUCCCACGGCCCAGUCGGCGGCGUGAAGCACGGAUUCUGCGCCUCGGCUUUCCGCGCCCGCGAGAACAGCAGCGCCUUCAUCAUGAUCUGGAACAGCUCCGCCGCCACGCUGUUAUGCAGCGUGGGAUGGUCCACUGGGGAGCGGGGCCUGAGCAGGAUUCCGAUGGCGAUCGAGAAGGGGACGACGCUGUCGCCGAAGGCGCGGUCCGCGAGGUAGUGGGCGAAGGAGGACCAGCCUGGGAUUAG